AGACUUUGGACCCUCUUCAUGUUUUUUUGAAUCUGAUGGCUUUUGGACUUUCCUCCGGCAGAACACCAUGGGCUACUUGCUAGAUGUGGUGCUUGAGGAAGGUGCAGGAAGACGAGGAGAAGCAAAUGUUGAUGGUGCAAAAUUAACAAAACAUCAAAUCAGUGCAGAGAAUUCCUCCAUGUCCGAGAAGUACGAGGAUAGCAUUUCCUUGCAAGAGGCUCUGAAGGCCGUUCAAUUGGCCCGAGCACGUGCAAACCAUGCGGAAGAAGAGAUGUCACGUUGCCGGGAGGCAGCAAGUAAGCUAAAGGGUAAGCUGCGAAGAAUCGCAAUCGUCAAAUCAUUUUGCGAGCCAGAAAAGGAGAACUCAAAUUGGAUGCAAGUUCUCGGCCCACGAGAAUUGCAAGUUCAGCCUCACCAAGAUGGGGAGAAGGCUCAAAGCCGACGACGGAUGAGUACAGGAUGCAUGCCGGAUUCUCUUCAGAAGAGGUGCAACAUUUGUUCGCCGCGGAUCAUGGACUUUGAACACAUUGUUGGUCACGAGGACUUGCGGAUCUUUCAGGUCUUGAAACCCAAGAUUGACGCCUGCGUUGCUGGAGAGGCAACAGAGGUGUUCGGCGUCUUUGUCUGUGGCACUGCUUCGUACGACAACAAGGCUCCCGUUGCACAGGUACAGAUGCAGAUGUUUGAAACUCAUGCAGAUCAACACCGAGAUUUGCUUGAUUUGAGCCCCUCAAAUCAAACGGGAAGGCAGCCUUCCGGAGGACCUGCACCUGUGGUGACUUUCGAGUUCCAUCCAAACAUGGAGGAGCCGAUGACCAACUCCUUCAGGAAGCUGCUUCGUGAAUCGCGCUCACUUCAAUCACAGAGAUUCUUCCCAGUGUCCCACUUUGCGAUGUCCUUUCGCAUUUGGAGGCCUUCAAAGCCAGUCGGGCAAAUUGUAAUUGUUGAUGUGGAUUCUUCCGAUCGGGGUUGGACUUGUCGCAGCUCUCAGACCCACCUGUGGCAUUUGCUGGGAGACUUUCAGGAGCGACAUGAGGCUCACAUGCAGCGACUGGCAGUGCCCGACUUGAGUUUGGCCAAAGAUUACAGUCGUCCUUACUCCGCUUCGGGCCACGUCACAUCGGAUCUGCAGAUGCAUGGCAUCAAGACGAAACGCAAACUUCAGAAGAUCCUCAAGAAUACUGAUGACCUGUGCGACAAAUGUUGUCCAACUUUGUGCCACAAGUUUUGA